GGAUUUGAAAGAGUGAGAAAGAUAGGUAGAUAGAUGAGGAGAGAGAAAGAGAACAGUGCGCAUAUGUGUUGCAAUCGAGAGCGGCAGGCAGUAGCAUAUUGCGGCAAAAACUGUAAUUGAUUGUGGACGUUUUGAUCAACGCGACGAAACAACGAAAUGUCGAGCGGAAUGGACGAGUGCAAGCUGAAGGGUGGACAUCCUCCGGCAGUGAAGGCAGGAGGUAUGAGAAUAACGCAGCAUAAAACGCCAAAAGACGAGCGCGAGACCAAGUCUAGCAAGGACGUCGAAGAAAGUAAGCCGUCUAGCAGUCCGCCAAAGACGAUAAUGAUCAGCGGUGCUCCAGCCAAAGGAAACGCUGAUUUUCCACCGGAAGCUGUGCAACAUUUUCACGAGAAGCCCACACCGACGCACGACGCACGACCGGCCCAUUGUUCACGUCCUAUUGUUAUUCAGCAACCAAGGAAGUAAGCUGCAUAUCAUAGACCGAGCUGAUAGAUUUCAAUCCACAAAGUCAUCCGUUGAUAUUUUACAAGAAAGAAUAUAAUUAUAACUAUAUUGGGAAAUAGGUAUAUAUAUGUACAUAUAUACACAUACAUA